AUGCCGAUCGCUGAUAACAGUUCAGCUCCUCCUGUUUCCAUUGAUGACUUGAACGAUGAAUUCGCUAUCAAGGUAUUGCCCGUCAUAUUGUUUCUCUGCCUGAUCAUGGUGAUAGGGAUUUGUGGCAAUGUCCUCGUGUUGUUCGUGUACUGUGGUAGGAAUGCAUCGGUGACUAGGAGGUUCAUUUUGGCGCUUACUGCGGUGGAUCUUAUCAACUGUGUCCUCAACAUCCCCGCAGAUAUCGCAGACAUAAGAUAUAAGUACACUUUCGGCAGUUCCUUUGUGUGCCCAGCUACCCGAUUUGUGAUAGCGUUUUCCUGUAUAGCAUCGUGCAGCAUACUAGUGGCAAUCGCCAUUGAACGGUAUCAGAAAAUAUGCAAGCCGUUCAGGAAGCAAACAGCACCCCAAACAGCCAUAGUGGCCAUCUUGAUUUGUUUUGUUUCAGCUGCCUGUUUCGCCAUACCUGCUGGUGUUCUGAACGGGGAAAGGGAUGUGAAGAUCAGCGGUCUCAAUGGGUCCGAUUGUGGAAUCAUAAAUGAGUUCAGAGACACAAACUUUCCAAAAGCGUUCAAUGGUAGCCUUUUCAUCCUGUUCUUUUGCGCAUGUGUGGUUGUCAUCGUAAUGUAUAUACUCAUCUGGAAACGUCUUCGCGUACAGAACGCGUGGCAGGCUUCUCGGGGAACGCAUGGCCUAUCACGAGACACUACUGAAAGAGUAAAUCAGUCAGAGGAAGUCAGAACUUCAGACGUCAGCAUGGGAGGAAAUAACGGAACAACGUUGCAACCAGAAACUACCACAGCUCCGACGUCAUGCUCAACACAGGGACCAGAUCGACGACUACACCAUCCUACACAAACGUCUUCUUCCUCUGUAGAUAGAACCACGUUAAUGAUGUUCCUUGUCACGAUGCUGUUCAUAGUUAGCUUCCUUCCUUAUAUAACAAUCACCACAGCAUCUGCUGUCGACCGUACGUUGUUCAAGGGCUUGAAUGGUGCCCCGCUUGUAUUUUACACCCUCGCCGUCCGCUCCUACUUCCUCAGCAGCGCCUUAAACCCCGUCGUCUACAGCAUCUGUAGCAGUGGUUUCAGGACAUACCUCAAGAAGCGGACAAAGGAACUGGUUUGCAUAAACGGACAAUAA